AUUCAAAUGAGGGGCUGUUUGUUUCAACCUCUUAAUGGUUCAGAUGUCUGAAUGGUUCAGCACUUAAUGGUUCAGACUGUUUGUUUCAGCCUCUUAAUGGUUCAGAUGUCUGAAUGGUUAAGAGAUUUGCCUCUGAAUGGUUAAGUAUUAUACAAAGUCUGAAUGAUUAAGACCUCGUAUCUGAGUUGAUCAGAUAUUUGCCUCUGAAUAGUUAAGCAAUAUACUAGCUUUUAAUAGUUCAAACCUCUUACUGGUUCAGCACUUAAUGGUUCAGACCUCUUACUGGUUCAGCACUUACCUAUUCAGAAGUUGUCCAAACAGGCCUGAGUAAAAAUAAACUGGCGCACAAUUAGAAAAUUGUUGGGGGCGGGAUGGCGGGAAAGCCAUUGAUUUGGGAGGGAAGUAGAAUUUCCAGUAUUUAAUUACUGGAGAAGUGUUCUUGAUGUGGAACCCUAAAAGCGCCUCUGCGUCCCCUCUCCAACAACACAGUCAGCUUACUCAGCAACCGUGAAGCCGGCACUCGGUGGCGUUUCGUCGCAUCCGCCUAAAAUUGCAAAACCACAGUAAGGUGGGAAAGAAGGGAUAAGGCAGGAGAUCCAAAGCAAAAGAAGAGAUGUAUGGUGGGAAUGCCUCUUUCGACAGCAAUGCAGCCUUUUCAGGAGGGGGCUACAUGCAGUCCCAGGCGACUCAAUCAGCUACCGAUCCUUCCUACUCUGCACCCAAGAGCCGAGAUGCACAGUCAUUGCUUCCCCUGACAGUGAAGCAGAUAAUUGAUGCAGUCCAAACGAGUGAUGAUAAGAUAAAUUUUCUAGUAGAUGGUGUUGAUGUGAACAAUGUGAAACUAGUGGGCAUUGUGUUCAACAUAGCUGAUCGGGCAACCGAUAUUUCAUUUGCACUGGAUGAUGGAACCGGACGCAUUGACUGCUACCGGUGGCUGAAUGAACCAUUUGACAAGACAGAAAUGGGAGCCAUCUCAAAUGGGAUGUACGUCAAAGUCCACGGACACUUGAAGGGGUUUCAGGGCAAGAAACAGCUGAUGACUUACUCUGUCAGGCCCGUGGAGGAUUACAACGAGAUCCCCUAUCACUUUGCCGAAGCUAUUUAUGCUUUUUGCCACAACACGAAGUCGCGCAAGCUUCAAGAGGGCACUUCUCAUCACAUGCCGAAUUCAGGUACCAACACACCCAUGAAGGGGUACCAAGUUUCCCAGCAAAAUUUUGCCGGUUUCACCACUGAUAAAGUUACGGGCGUAGAGGAGAUGGUCUUGAACUAUAUGCAGCAGCCCUCCUGCGUUGCACAAGAGAAAGGCGUUCACCGGAACGAGCUUGCUCAAAAGCUGAAUCUUCCACCCGAAAAGAUCUUAGCAGCAAUCGAAUCCCUGGAGUCAGAUGGGCUUGUUUACUCCACAAUUGAUGAGUGGCACUACAAAUCCACCGUUAAUGCCUGAGAUAGCAAAGGUGAAGUACCCUUCCCAAUCUUUGGGCAAGAGAAAAAUGAAACUAUGUUGAAAGU